AUGGCUGCAGUUUCUCACUAUUUCCUGCUAGUUCUGGUCUUUCUGGAUUCGCAUGCAGCUCAGCCACCCUGUCUGCCAGGAUGUACCUGCUCAGAAGAGAGUUUUGGCAGGACUUUGCUGUGCAUGUCUACCUCUUUGGGAAAGAUUCCAGGUAACCUUCCUGAAGAGUUCAAGCAAGUGAGAAUUGAAAAUACGCCCCUAUAUGAACUGCCCCUGGGGCUUUUCAUCAACAUGAGCAUCUUGGAAUACCUUUGGCUCAAUUUUAAUAAUAUCACAGUGAUCCACCCAGGAGCCCUGGAGCACCUGUCAGAACUGAAAGAGCUGAGGCUGGAAGGGAACAAACUCCGUUCAGUGCCAUGGGCAGCUUUCCGUGCUACGCAGCUCCUGAGGAUCUUGGAUCUCAAACACAACAGGAUUGAUGUACUCCCUGAGAUGGCUCUUCAGUUCUUGGUCAACCUGACCUACCUUGAUCUAUCAUCUAAUAGGCUUACAGUUGUAUCCAAGAGUGUCUUUUUGAACUGGCCAGCCUACCAGAAACUCCAGCAGCAUGGCUGUGGGGUGAAAAUUCUUUCCAGCCUGGUGCUGGCACUGCACAACAAUCCCUGGCUAUGUGACUGUCGCCUAAGAGGACUUGUCCAGUUUGUAAAGUUCAUCAGCCUCCCCAUCAUCCUGGUGAAUCCGUACCUGAUGUGUCGAGGCCCUGUCUCCAAGGCAGGGCAGCUGUUUCAUGAAACUGAGCUCAGUGCUUGUGUAAAGCCACAGAUCUCAACCCCCAGUAUCAACGUCACCAUCCACGUGGGACAGAACGUGACCCUGCAAUGUCUGGCACAGGCCAGACCCUUACCAACCAUUACAUGGAUUUAUCCCCUGAGCAUGUGGAGAGAAUUUGAUGGUUUGUUGAGAGGCAAACACCUGGCACCAAUGUUGACCAUAUCUACUGCGGAAGAUACUGCUCUUUCAGGGCUGGUCAUACCUGCUGCCCACCUGGUAGACAGGGGCAAUUACACCUGUGUGGCCUCCAACUCCAUUGGCAGGAGCACCCUUGUCAUCUCCCUCCACGUCCAACCUGCCCAGGCCCCAUCUGCAACUCAUUCUCUUUUGUCCCUCUCCGAGGGCAACACCUACAUUGACCUGCGGGUUGUCAAGCAAACAGUGCACGGGAUCCUGCUGGAGUGGUUUGCAGUGGCCGACACCCCUGAGGAGAAGUGGUUCACCCUCUAUAUUGCAUCAGAUGAAGCCCUCAAGAAGGAGGUGGUCCACAUGGGCCCUGGAAUCAACACAUACGCUGUGGAUGACCUCCUCCCUGGCACGAAAUAUGAGGCAUGCCUCAGCCUGGGUGGCCAGCCCCCCCACCAGGGCCAGUGUGUGGUCUUUGUAACCGGCAGAGCCCAGGGAGGGCUGGAGGGCCGGGAGCGCCUGCUGCACGUCACAGUGGUCCUGUGCGCUGUGCUGCUCACAGUGCCCCUGGGUGCCUACGUCUGGGCAGCCCAGGCUCCUGGCAGCUGCAGGGAGUGGGGCCUGCACUGCUGUCCUUUACGCAGGAAAGCCCUCAGGUGCCCUCAUGCAGUCCCGCAGCACAGGGACGGCUCCUGCAGGGACCACAUAGCUGUCUGUGAGGAUGGCCCAGGACACAGAGAUGCUGAGAGGGAUGAGGAGAAUGGUGGAAAGGAAGAUAGUGGCUGAACAGUCCAGGCCAGGGGGAAUGGUGUGGGCCUCUAGCCAUUACCCAAACCCUCUGUGGCAGCUCAACUUGGCUUGACCCAUUUAUUCAAGAAGUAUUAAUUGUGCCCCUACUGUGUUCCCAGCAAUUAUGAGCAAGACACAUUCUUAUCUUCAUGGAUCUGAUGUCAGUGCAGCUUUGUCCUAUCCAAUUAAUUGUAUAAAUUAUAUGUAGUGGCUGCAAAUUAAUAAAUGCUACUCUUUCCAUCUAUAUAGCUCUAUAACAUUUACGUGCUUACAUGUAACAUUUACAUAUAACAUUUCACAUGUGU